AUGUCGCCAACCAUCUCAAAGUCAUGGGAAGAUGUCGCGGCAAAGAAACAAGCUGAAUGCGCAGCAGCACUCCCAUCAGCCUGGAUCAUUCCCCCAGCAGUGCUGAAAGAUAUCACACUAGGUCCCAAAUCUGGGACCAAUGUCAUUGCCCUCGACAUUCCACGUAAAUCUGGAAUCUUGACCGAGUCUGAAUUGGCCAUCACCGAGAACUACAAUGCAACGGAACUGGUAGCAAAGCUUGCAGCUGGAACAUUCUCGUCAGAGGAAGUGAUAUUAGCUUUCUCCAAGAGAGCGGCGAUUGCACAGCAGCUGGUCAAUUGCCUAACAGAAACAUUCUUCGAUCGUGCGUUGGUACGGACAAAGUUCCUGGACGCAUACCUGAUGGAGCACAAGAAGCCGAUUGGUCCGCUCCACGGCCUUCCAACUACGAUAGGAUACAUCUCCUAUGCAGACAAUCCACCUUUGACGUAUAACUCUGCACUGGUCGAUAUGCUUCUGGACCUCGGUGCCGUCCUCUACGUCAAGACGAACAUCCCACAGGCUUUCAUGAGUGCCGACACUCACAACAACCUCUUUGGACGCACUCUCAAUCCGAAUAAUCUUAGCCUGGGUGCAGGCGGAUCGACAGGCGGCGAAGGGGCCCUCAUUGCACUUCGAGGAUCUGUUCUCGGUGUUGGGACUGAUCUAGGUGGUUCGAUCCGAAUGCCAUCUCUGGCCUGUGGUAUCAUUGGUUUCAAGCCGUCGACUGGACGCAUUCCAUAUGCUCGGAAGUGCUCUGGAGUAUUGGGAGGAUUUUCUCCAGUACUUCCAUGCGCAGGACCCAAUUGCACGGAUUUGGUGGAUGCUGAAUUCUUUAUGAAUACAGUCAUUGACGCGAAUCCUUACGAGUAUGAUUCAUCGGCAUACGAUGUACCGUGGCGACAACACGACAUUGGGGAUAAAUUAAUCAUUGGCGUCCAAACCGAGGAUCCUAUCCUCCCACUUCGAGCCCCCGUUCGCCGUGCACUGUUGAGUGCAGUGGCUAAACUCAAGGAAGCCGGUCACACCUUAAUCGACAUCCCACACAAUCCUGAUAACACCAUUGCCACUGCGAACGGGAUGAUGCUGAAAUAUUAUCAGGCUGAUCCAAAUCGGACUCAGUUGAAGAAUCUUGAGGAUGGUGGUGAGCCGAUCGUCCCAUCUGUCCUGAGCAUGAACUGCCUUGGGACAUCGGGAGACUGGACGGAGCUCUCUCUAGCCGGGCUCGCUGCAAUGAACAAGCAGCGCGGAGAGAGGGUCGAAGCCUGGAGAAAAGUUUGGGUGGACAAGAAGCUGGACGUUCUCCUUGGCCCAGGAUGUUAG